AUGAAUGAGGAUCUGAGCUUCAGAAAACUAAUAAAUGGUUCAGAAUGCCCAGAAAAACUGAAGUAUGACUUUAACAACAAUGGGGAGCUUAGGCAUAUAGAUACCAAUGAGCCUUUUGUUUUUAAUUAUCAAAAUUCAUAUGAUAGUAAUCAUAAACGUUACCAAGUUCUUGGACACUUAAUCACCCAGUAUGUUUAUGAACUCCUGGAAAAGGCUUGCAAACUGCAAAGGAUUUACAUCCCAACAAAUGCUCCAGCCAGUGACGUUAGUAGCUUUUUUUUCAUGAGUGAGAGUGCAUUAACAAGUUGCUCAACUCUAGUUGUUCUCCUCCAAGACCGGGGGAUAUUUCGUGCAGGUCAGUGGGGGCAGACGACCAUUGUUCAUGAGGGCCUCCAACAUGGAUCUCAAGUACCAUUCAUUUCAAUGGCUCUGCAUUGUUCUUGGGAAGUGAUAGUUUUAAAUCCCAAUGAGAAUUCCAUUGCUCUGAAGAUUGAAGAAGAAUGCUUAAGCCUUUCUGAGAUGGCAACCACUUCCACUCUGCAGUUGCCCCGGGCAAUCCCAAAAAGAGACAGCAGUAGUCCUGAAGAACACGCAACUUAUAUUUGGGACCACUUCAUUUCAAAAAGCAUGGCUGGAAAUGUGGCCUUCAUUGCCCAUGGCUAUGGAGGCUUGGUUUUCAUCAACUUGCUCAUGCAGAGAACUUUGGAGGUGAUGAACAAGGUGUAUGCUGUUGCUUUUAUUGAUUCAACACACCAUACAAUGCACCAGACACAAGGCAAUUCCCAGAUGCAAGAAUGGAUAUGGAAACACUGUCGAGAGUGGGUGUCAAAUGGGAAACCUUUAGAUAAGUCAUUAGGCUGUCUUGUAAAAGUGGACUGCCCUACAGUCUCUACAGGAACUGAAAAAUAUAACUUAGCUCCUUCAUCUAGCUUACAGUCAAUUUUCAAAUAUCUUAAGAAUGCACUGAAAGUUAAGACUAAAACUUGUUUCAUUCGUUCACCUAUUGGAACAAGGAGUAAAAGAAUAAGAAAAAUGUAA